AUGCAAUUGAUAAGUUGUGGCCAUUUGACAGUCGCAGAGCUUCAAGUUGCCGAAAGAAAGAUAUUCAAACGCGUUCAGCAGGUGGCCUUUUCAGAAGUCAUUGAUGUACUUUCGGCAACGAAGAGCUGUAAAGACAAGAAGUACCCAAAGAAGGUUUUAAAGAAAGCCGUUGCAUCAAUAUGUCAGCUGAACCCACAACCCAAGGAAGGCCUGUUGAGAGUCGGAGGUCGACUAGUUAAUGCACCCUUUGGUGAUGAAAGGAAGCACCCUAUUAUCCUACCAUACAAGCAUCAUGUGACUGACCUCAUUAUUAAGCAAUGUCAUGAAAACUUGGGUCAUAUGGGCCAAGAGUCUGUUUUGUCAUCCUUGAGAGAGACGGUUUGGAUUGUGAAAGGGAGAUCGGCGGUGCGGCGUGUUUUAAGAAGAUGCCUUACCUGUCAACGGCAGAGAAAAGCGUGCCCUGGGGAACAGUUCAUGGCAGAUUUACCAGAAGUGAGGCUCGUACCUGAGAAGCCACCUUUCAGUUAUGUCGAUGUUGAUUAUUUUGGACCACUUGAAGUUAAGCAAGGAAGGUCCCGUGUUAAGAGAUAUGGCUGUCUCUUCACCUGUUUAACAGCACGUGCUGUGCACAUCGAGAUAGCCCACUCCUUAGACACCGAUUCAAUGAUUAAUGCCCUUAGAAGAUUCAUUAGCGUUCGUGGCUAUCCAGAGUAA